UCCUGGAUUUCUUUCAGCAGUGGGGAAAGCAACCUAUGCACCAAAAUGUCCAAAACGGCAACCAAGAUUACUCUCUAUGAAGACAAAAACUUCCAAGGCCGCCACUAUGAGUGUGAGUGCGACUGCGCAGAUUUCCACCCACACCUGAACCGCUGCAACUCCAUCCGGGUGGAAGGAGGCACCUGGGCCGUGUACGAACGGCCCAACUUUGCCGGACACAUGUACAUCUUACCUCGGGGCGAGUACCCGGAGUACCAGCGCUGGAUGGGCCUCAACGACCGCCUCAGCUCCUGCAGAGCAGUUCACCUGUGUAGCGGAGGUCAGUAUAAACUUCAGGUCUUCGAGAAAGGGGACUUCAAUGGGCAGAUGUAUGAAACCACUCAAGAUUGCCCUUCCAUCAUGGAGCAGUUUCACAUGCGAGAGAUCCACUCCUGUAAGGUGCUGGAGGGGGCCUGGAUUUUCUAUGAGCUGCCCAACUACCGUGGCCGCCAGUACCUCCUGGACAAGAAGGAGUACCGGAAGCCCAUCGACUGGGGGGCAGCAUCCCCAGCUGUUCAGUCUUUCCGCCGUAUUGUGGAGUAACGGUGUGGAUGGGACCACACACUUCUGCCCAGGGGCUGAAUAUUGGCUGGCUGUGUGGUCCAAAUAGGCGUCAUCAAGAAAACAAUGGGC